CGUGCUUCCGCUUCCGCCUCCCGGUCUCUCUCUUUCCUCCAUCUCCUCCAUCUCCUGUGUGUGUGUGUGUGUCUCUCUCUCCGGCCAUGGGCGCCUACCUGUCUCAGCCCAGCACCGCCAAGAGCUCCGGGGACGGGGCCGGGGAAGGCAGCGGGGCAUCGCGCCCCCUCCACUUCGGAUACAGCGCCAUGCAGGGAUGGAGGGUCUCCAUGGAGGACGCCCACAACUGCAUCCCUGACCUGGACAGCGAGACGGCCAUGUUCUCCGUCUAUGACGGACACGGAGGGGAAGAGGUUGCGCUCUACUGCGCCAAGUACCUCCCGAACAUCAUCAAGGAGCAGAAGGCCUACAAGGAGGGCAAGCUGCAGAAGGCCCUGGAGGACGCCUUCCUGGCCAUCGAUGCCCAGCUGACCACCGAGGAGGUGAUCCGGGAGCUGGCCCUGCUGGCCGGGCGCUCCAGGGAGGACGGGGACGAGAAGGAGGAGAAGGUGGCCGACGAAGACGACGUGGACAAGGAGGAGGCGGCCCUGCUGCAUGAGGAGGCCACCAUGACCAUUGAGGAGCUGCUCACUCGCUACGGCCAGAACUGCGUCAAGGGCAAGCUGGGCCCCCCGGGGAAGGAGCCACCCCAGGAGGAGACCGGUCGCGGGCCCAGCCUGAACGGGGAAGUGGAUGCCGGAGAGACCGUGAGGCGCCGCGAGGGGGAGGAGGAGGAGACGGAAGAGGCGACGGACAGUGGCCGACCGGGCCCCGGCUCCGCCCCUCCUGGACCUGGACCGGACAUGGCUGGUGGAGGGGACGCGGGGAGUGCAGCCCCAAAGGCGGCCGCCGAGGGAGGGGCUCCGGCUGGGGCAGAGGCUCAGCCGUCCUGCUCCUCGUCCAGCAAGGCCCAGCGGACCACCAAGUCCCGGUUCUUUGAGGACAGCGAGGACGAGUCGGAGGAUGCUGAGGAGGAGGAAGAGGAGGAGGAGGACAGCGAGGAGUGCAGUGAAGAUGAGGAUGGCUAUAGUAGCGAGGAAGCAGAGAACGAGGAGGAGGAGGAAGAGGAAGACGACACAGAAGAAGCGGAGGAGGAGGAGGACGACGAAGAGGAGGAUGAAGACAUGAUGCUUCCUGGCAUGGAUGGAAAGGAGAAGCCUGGUGCGGACAGCGGCACGACGGCAGUGGUGGCCCUGAUCCGGGGCAAGCAACUGAUCGUGGCUAAUGCGGGGGACUCCCGCUGUGUGGUCUCAGAGGGCGGCAAGGCCCUGGACAUGUCAUACGACCACAAGCCGGAAGACGAGGUGGAGCUGGCCAGGAUUAAGAACGCCGGCGGGAAAGUGACCAUGGACGGCCGGGUCAACGGGGGGCUCAACCUCUCCAGGGCCAUCGGGGAUCACUUCUACAAGCGCAACAAGAACCUUCCCCCGGAGGAGCAGAUGAUCUCGGCACUGCCGGACAUCAAGGUGCUGACCAUCAACGAGGACCACGAUUUCAUGGUCAUUGCUUGUGACGGCAUCUGGAACGUCAUGAGCAGCCAGGAGGUGGUGGACUUUGUCCAGUCCAAGAUCACUCAGAAGGGGGAGAAUGGGGAACUCCGGCCUCUUUCGUCCAUCGUGGAGGAGCUCCUGGACCGCUGCUUGGCUCCGGACACCUCUGGCGACGGGACCGGCUGCGACAACAUGACCUGCAUCCUCAUCUCCUUCAAGGCCCGGCCAGGCGGGGGUCCGGCGGGAGCCGAGGGGGUCAAGCGGAAACUGGAGGAGAGCAGUGCGGCCCUCUCCCCCUCCCCCUCGCCCCCUCCCCCCACGGAAGAGAGCUGCAGCAAGAAGGCCCGGCAGGACUAGCGGCCGGCCAAGGCGGCGGGAGGGGGGGGCGGGCGGCCCCCUCGCUCUCCCUCUCUCUCUGGACUCUUGUUUUCUAAGCGAGGGGCAAGCGCCGGACGACUGACCGACCAACCAACCAUGGACUCUGGGGCGACGCUCAGCCCGGCCUUUUUUAGCCUUAGGGAGCCCCUCCCGCCCACUGUCCACAUCAUUGGAGGGGGGGGGCUCUCAGGUGGGGAGGGGGCCCCACAGCCCCACUGUUCUUUGAAACCAUUCCAGACGGAGAACGGUGGGG